CUCUGCCAGAAUAGAAAGCGUAUUUCCAAGACAGAUUGAAAGAUUGAAGUGCUGUGAUUGCUGCAACAAAGUCACGCGUCAGACCAACAAAUAUCUUUUUGUGCACGGCUGUGUUUGGGGGAAAGCUCUCGACCAAAAAGUAUUUUUCUUCAGUCUAGGAUCUCAUCUUUAACUGAUCAAAUAAAAUGGUUGGCGGCAAACCUCUGAAGAAUAUAAGAAAUGACAACAAGGAAAUCUUAGACCUACCUGUAAUACCUGAAAAUAUCAAUCAUGCUAUUCAGAAGAAGCUACCCAACCCUAAAGGUGACCCUGGAGUAAAUGGUAAUGUCAAGGAGGUCUCUAAUGAACUUGACCGCUGGAUCAGACAGCGAGGCCGAGACUUACGCCUGCGCCAGGCUGACCGACAGCCAGCAGUUAAACUGGUCAAUAAUCUGAGAAAAGAUUUAGUGAAGUUCCUGAAGGACAAUGAUGAGCAACCAUUUUUCAGGACUGUUUCUGUUCUCAAUAGUGGAAGCUACUAUGAGUUCGUGAAGAUUAUCAAACCCAAUGAGUUUGACAUCAUGCUGAAACUUACAACACCCCGAAUUGUGUUGAAGAGUUUAGAGAAAUAUAACGGACUUUUCUAUACAAUUUCCCUCUGCCGACCUCCACGCGGUGAAAUACGGGCAUUCCUUUUAGAAGAUGGACUCACUAUCUCAGCCUCCAAAAUAAUGAAUGAAAUGCACUAUUUGGUUAAUAAAUUCAUCCGAACACAUACAGUGCCUCCUGGUGAAGGUCGUUGGGAAGUGUGCAGGAAAAAGGUCAGUUCUCCAGCUGUGACCUUGGUUCUCCUGAAUGAAACUGACGGGGCAGAAGUCCUGUCUGUAGAUAUUGUUCCUGCCCUUGAAGUGCCACAAGGCUGGCCACAAGCUGCUCGAGCUGGCCCGGAUGUGGACAAGUGGCUUGGGAAGAACACUCGACUUAAAUUUCGUGGAAAGCCUGUUUACUUUGUCCCAAAGAGACCCAAAACACGAAACCUCACUGAUGUUGAAAAAGAAAGCUGGAGAAUUUCCUUCUCUCAUAUUGAAAAAGAGAUGAUCAGGUUCCAUGGCAACAAAAAGACGUGCUGUGAAAGUAAAAAAAACGAAUGCUGCCGAAAACUGUGUCUGCGGCUCCUCAAGUGCCUGUUUGAGGGACUGAAGUACACCUACCCCAAAGAGCUUGAUCCUUUAUGUUCCUACCAUGGGAAAACUGCCUUCUUUUUCAACCUCUGUGAGAGGUCUGAAGACACACUGUGGACUCCUGGCCAGCUCUCAGUCUGUUUUAUGAAACUGUUUUGGGACUUUGAGAAUGCUGUAAAGAAUGCCUCACUUCCCCACUUCUUUGUUCCAGAACACAAUCUGUUUUCUCCAUCUAGUUUCCCCAAGCGUUCUCUUCAGUUUCUGGGAAAUGCUUUGCAGGAGCAAAUGGAGUUAGGGUUUCCUCUUUUGCAAGUCCCAGAUCCUGUCCCAGCACUGUGCUACAGUCCUGCCAUUCAAAUGGAGUCUGAACAAAUUUCUCCAGAAUCAAUCACAUUCACCUUAGAAAAGUGUGACACUGUGGCAUGUGGAAGCGACUCUUUUAGACAUAAAUCUAUUAAGCUGAUGGUGCCUUGUGCUUUUAUAUUUUUUGCCAUUGUAUGUGCACUGUAUGUAAAAACCUAACAACUAUGACUGUUUUCUGGAGAUAACAUCCCAAUAUCGUGUUUAAAAUACACUUCUAAAACACUUCUAAAAUAAUUUAUGUUGCAUAAUUUAAUGGAAACUAUGUUUUAAUGGAUAAAAAACUUUCAUGGGCAUUUCAAAUAUUUUUCAAAUUGCAUUUUAAAAUUAGCCCAGUAUAGUGGAGCUGUGUUCAGUGUUGUCACCUCACAACAAUCCUGAGCAGAGUUCACUUUCUGUACAUGCUAUCCCCGUGUCCAUAUGGGCUGCCUCUCCAUCCCAAAAACACACCGGUAGGUGGACCGGCCACUCUAAUGUGUGUGAAUGGACUUGUGUCCCAUCCAGGGUGUAAUCUUGCCUCAUGCCCAGUGUUAGGUUCCGGCUCCACCGUGUCCUUGGCCAGAAUAAAGUGGUCACAGAAAAUAAAUGACAUUUAUUUUGAGGAUUAUAGUCUGAAGAAGUGAAAUUGUUUAUCUAUCAAUGUAAGUUCUGUUUUAUAUUCAUUUUAUGUGAAAUUAUGCAUCCUGGGACAAUUCUAAUCAACCAAAGCAUUUACUUUACAUUUACUACGAAUCAAUAUGCACUGUUUAUGUAAUAAUGAUGAUACAAUGCCUUACAAUGUUUAGAAAUAUAUGACAUAUAUAAAUACAAUGUUUACAAAUGGGAGGUGUGGUAGCCUAGUGGUUAAGGUGCCGGACUACCAAUCGGAAGGUUGUGAAUUUGAUUCCCAAGUCCACCAAGCUGCCAUUGCUGGGCCCCUGAGCAAGGCCCUUAAUGCUCAGUUGUAUAAAAUGAGAUAGUCACUUUGGAUAAGGGCAUCUGCUAAAUGCUGUAAAUGUACAAAUAUAUGUAAACAUCAGUACUGAAGACAACAGCAAAAUAAAACCAGCCUCCUUAUUCUUUUCUA